CGUGUUGGCUGUCCGCCAAUCGGAUUUCGCCUCGCGAAGGCAGUUUGUCCGACGGUUGCAAGUGCACACAGUAGUGUUAUAUAUUUCUCAUUAUUUAUUUUGCAAUCUGUAAUAAAAACAAGCAUAGUUCGCAAUGGAGACCAAAAUAAUUAAUCAAAAAGCAUACUUGGAGAGAUAUACGUCUUCAGGAGUUAACGAAGAGAAGAAAAAGCUCAAAACGGGAAAACAAACAGUAAAAAUUAUAGACGAUGGAGAAGACGCUCCCCAAAUUGCUGGCAUAGUCGAUGAUCGUGGACCAGUUGACUUCACNGACAAAAGAAGAUGGAAAAUCAUAAACGAAGACGGAGAUUUAACUGUCAUUAAUAAUUNGGAUUUGAGUCCACCUAGAUUUAAGCAUUCUAAAGAAAAAAAACAUAAAGAUUCAAAUUUAAAACAAGCUCACGAUAAUGAUUCCGAUUUGAGUCCGCUCAGGAAAUCUAAAAAUUAUGAUUCGGAUCAAAGUCCACCUAGACAAGCUCCAAUUCUACGUGACAAAGAGAGCGGAAGAAAGCGCAACUUGGAAGCGGAAGCGGCGGAAAAAUAUGAACAGGAAAAACGUCAAAGAGAAGUAAAUGAGCAAUACGACAAAUGGGGCAAAGGUCUGAAGCAAAUAAAAGAUCGUGAGGAAAGGUUACAGGACGAUUUAUACGAAAUGAGUAAAUCGUUAGCAAGAUACGCGGAUGACGCAGAUUUGGAUAAACAAUUGAGA